AUGCCGCAGCCAGACGCAAAUGCUCCCUCUAGUUCAGGCCAUUCCUCUUUCACGAGGGCGAACUCUGCGUGGCUGGAUGAGGUGCUCAAGAGCGAACGAGCCGCCAUGGCGGCGGCAAUGGUGAAGCACAUGGAAGAUCACCAUCGCCACUUGCUGAAAAGAUUCCAGGAUUGGAGCGAACUGCAGGCUAAGAAUGCCAAGUCUGAGAUGCAGAAGGCUGUCUUGUCGGCAUCACAGGACUUUGCUGGUGCAGCUGGAGGAUCCAUUGACGCCGAGAGGGCCAGGCUGAAGACCUUAGCCGAGACCCUGGAGAGAGAGCGAGAGGAGCUGAACCAGUGGAAAACCUCUGCCUUUGUCCAGAUCAGUGACCACAAAAGUGCUGUUGCCAAUGCCGCAACAGCCGCAAUGUCGCUUGAGAGCGGAAGUGCUGCCAAGAUCAGAUGGAAGCUUGCGACGGCAAGAAUAGUGAACCUUCUUGGAAACCGAAACAAGACUUCACUGGUGGAUAAGAUGAAGAAGAACAUGAAAGCAUCCAUGUUGGCCACGAUGCCAGAGUUUAAUGAUGUUCCAGCUGAGAGGCACAAGACUAUCUCCGUGGUUUGGGAAGAAAAGACUCCCCUGGACAUGCUUCGGACGGGGGUGCCCUGCUUGCGGCGAGUCGUUACCAGCUACGUGUUCGAGCUCACGUUUGUCUCGCUCAUACUCCUGAAUUGCAUCUCCAUGAUGGUUCAGAUCGAGUUUUUUGGGUUGUUUCUGGCCACCAGUAUGGGCAUCAAAACCGGGAUGGACACUGACUACAACGACAUUUUCUACAACAUUGAGCUGGUCUUUGGCCUUGUGUUUUCAGCCGAGAUCCUCGUCAAAUUCGUUGCCUACGGGUUGUUGGAUUUCUGGAAAUUUGGCUGGAACUUGCUGGACCUGUUUAUUGUUGUGACCUGGGCAAUCGACGCGGGAGGGCUUGCGGUUGAGAUCAAUCCAAUGGUGUUUCGCAUGCUGCGGAUAGCAAAGCUUGGCCGAAUCGUGCGAGUGUUAAAGGUCAUUCAGCGAUUUGACUCGCUUCACCUCCUGUUGGGCUCGAUCAGGGCGUCUUUCGAUAUCUUGGCAUGGUCUGCGCUAGUCCUCCUUAUUCUGAUGACGGUUUGUGCUCUGGCAUUGUCCCAAUUCCUGCAGGGUUGGAUUGAAGCUUCCAGCAGUUCGGAUGAGAACGUUCGGCAAGAAGUCUGGAUUCUGUUCGGAACCGUGGGCCGGGCAAUCGUGUCGAUGUUUGAGCUAACGCUCGCCAACUACUCAGGCAUUACGCGAUCUCUGAUGGAGAAUGUCAGUGCUUGGUUCGCAGUCGCGAUUCUUAUUUACAAGCUUGUAGUGGGCUUUGCCGUGCUGAAGGUUAUCACAGGCAUCUUCAUCCAACAGACCAUGCGCGUAGCCAACGAAGAUGACGAACUCCUCCUCUUGCAGAAGAAGCGGCUUGUGGACAGCCAUGCAAAAGGU